AUGAGUGGGCUUCUUGAGGUUGCCUUCGAUAUGAUUGAGAGUCAUCUUCUCUCGUAGUCAGAUGAUCUAUAAAUUCUAGGAAUUUAUGAAGCACCUUUGUAGUCAAAGAGCCAGGACUAGAAUGUAUCCAGUGUUGGCUAAGCAAUCGCCUAGCAACUCAGAAUAAACAAUCAGGUUGAUCCACUAAUCAUAGAGUUUGACGCUAUAACGAGGCAGAGACAAGUGAAUGAUCAAAUGCAAUAGUAUCAGAAGAUGUAGAUCGAGGGAUUCUCACUGAAUUAGAAUGGAUCACCAACUAAGUGUGAAAUGAAUGAGAUAGAGUUUCAAAUAAUUGAACCUUACUACGAUGACAAGAGAUACCUUUAACUGUGUGAUUUCGACGAUCACUUUGAAAAUAUCAACAAUGAUUGGCUCAAUAGACAUCUAAUUAAAUGA